CUUGUGCCACCGGAAACCAUUGAAUUUCAUAUCGGAACCACUACAUGAGGCUGCCUGCACCAUCGUCGACUGAAAAGUGUUGUCAUAUUUUUUGUCGUUCACGGUCGCGUUAUUUUAACUCAGAGAACGAGUUGUGCACCACCGGUGUUGGCCUUGGAAGUUGAAAUGUCAGCCGGUGCCACAGUGCCGCUCACGCUUUCUCACUAGCCACGGUAACGUCAGCUUUUGCUGCCAAUAUCCUCGGAGGAAUCAGUAUGGAUGCGCUCUGGGUAUUCCUAAUGCUGCUGGUCCCACUUCUGCUAUGGUCUAGCAGCACCUUUGUUUUUUAUUUCAAAAAGUGUUUCUACGUGGCUUAUAUGAUGGUUUUGGGUGCGAUUGCGAUUCCGCUUAGUAUUCUGAAAUGCGGAGGCAGGGACGUUGAAAACAUGAGGGUGGUCCGUGCUCUGGUUCGUCAUGUUAAGUACUUCCUGGGUCUGCGGUUCGAUGUGAGUGGCUUGGAACACCUGCAGACAGAGGGACCCUACGUCAUCAUCUCCAACCACCAGAGCUCCUUGGAUGUUCUAGGUCUAAUGGAGGUUCUCCCAGAUCGUUGCACCAUGAUUGCCAAGAAGGAGCUGGUGUACGCGGGCACGGUUGGCAUUGUGUCCUGGCUGGGCGGCAUCGUCUUCAUCAACCGCAACAAGACCAGCGAUGCCAAGAGCGUCAUGGCCGACGCUGCCAAGACCAUGCUGGAAGACCAGAUCCGGCUGUGGGUGUUCCCUGAGGGAACACGGAACCAGAGGGGCGACCUGCUGCCCUUCAAGAAGGGAGCCUUCCACCUGGCAGUGCAGGCACAGGCUCCUAUCAUCCCCAUUGUGUUCUCAUCCUACAGUAACUUCUACCUACGUAAAGAAAAGCAGUUCAACUCGGGGACCAUCAAGUUGAAGAUCCUUCCGAAGAUCGAGACGAAGGGCAUGACGUCAGACGACGUGGCCGGCCUCUCCGACAAGUCCUACGACCUCAUGCGCUCAGUCUUCCUGAGCAUCUCUGGCUUCGCCCCCAUAACCCAGAGCAACGGGCCCCCCUCACACCACUGAACAUUUCCCAUGUCCGAGACACCAAAACCUACCCCACCUAUUUUAAAAUGUUUAUUUCUCCCCCGUCCUCCGCAUUGUCCCAGCUCCCUACCUACGUACCUACUGUUUAGGUCAAAUAUAUUGGCACCCUUAAGGUGCAGAAUGUUCCAUUUUCUCUUUUCAAAACUGUUUGAAUGGACCUGCAACUUACCACAGGUGUGAGAUAAAUUACACAAUGAGAUAAUGCCUCUAAGAGUCCAGGACAUUUUUCUUUGAAAUGUGCAGUUGUAAACACAGUUUUCAAUUUCAACUUGUUUUUGAAGAAAUAGAGAAUUGUGCAAGGGUGCCAAUAUAUUUGACCACAUCUGUACCAGGAUACAACACACACACCAGGCCUCUCAUGAACUCAUCUGAUGUUUUGGCCUGGUAUAGUUUGGUUCUGGUUGGCUCCUGCUCUGAGCCAGCCCCCAUACAGUGCAGUCCUGACUCCUCACGACAGGUUAUGAGUAGAGUGACGGACCGACGGCAAGCAAAACAAAAUACAUUAUUAAUGUGCGUUCAUCAUGCAUGCUUGGGGAUACCUUCUUUUCUACCUCCACCUUUUUAAAAGAGGCUUUUUAUUAAAAAAAAAAAUGUUUACCGUUCAGUAGUGGUACUUUCGCUUUUUUCCCUUCCGGCUCAACUUUUUUGUUUUUUCAUAUGUUGGUGGAUAUUUUUAUUUUCCUCUGGUGCUGCCUUAACUUUUUUUCUUGAUGUGCUAUAAAAGACACGCACAGCACACAACCACCCUGCUUUAACACACGCAAACCACUCCCACCGCUAACACACACACACACAGACAACACACCACAGUACCCCCCUCCCACAACACCCCACCCAAUCCCAGUAUAUCCUCCCCUGUUCUGUUGUGCAUACCAGCCUCUUGCAUAUUUUGAAGGAGUAGGGAACCAGGGUCUGGACCAUGGGUCUUGAGGGGAGAUGGAGGGCAACAGAGCGAAAGGAGAGGUCAGUAGUUGACCAGGGACUUGUUCUUUAUCUGUGUCUCAACUCUAUCGUUACAUGCAGUGCAUUCGGAGAGUAGUCAGACCCUUUUCCACAUUUUGUUACGUUACAGCCUUGUUCUAAAAUUGAUUAAAUCGUUUUUUCCCUUCAAUCGACACACAAUGCCACGUAAUGACAAAGCAAAAAGAGGUUUUUUAGAAAUGUUUGCAAAUUCCAUUUAAGACGAAAAAAAGCUCUGCAGAAAUGUUUUGGUACACUUGCCUAGAUCUGUGCGUCAACACAGUCCUGUCUCACAGCUCUACGGACAAUUGCUUCGACCUCAUGGAAUGAUUAUUGCUCUGACACUGUCAACGAUGGGACCUUUUAAUAUUGACAGGUGUGUGCUUUUCCAAAUCAUGUCCAAUCAAUUGAAUUUACCUCAGGUGGACUCCAAGUUGUAGAAACAUCAAGGAUGAUCCAUGUUAACCUGAGCUCAAUUUCAAGUAUCAUAUCAAAGAGUCUGAAUACUUAAGUAAAUAAACCAUUUCUGUUUAUUUUUGAUGAAGUUGCAAAAAUGUUAACUUGUUUUUCACUUUGUCACAAUUAGGGAAUUGUGUGUAGAUGAAAAUUCUUUUUUAUAACUAUUUUUUAGAAUAGGCUGUAAUGUAACAGUGAAAAAAGUCAAGGGGUCUGAAUACUUUCUGAAUGCACUGUACAUACCACACUUGCUUCUCAAUCCAUGUGAUCAAAAUAGCUCAAUGACAUACUGUGACGACGCCAAACAACAAGCUAUACAAAGUACAACGACGACGAGAACAAUCAUCAGUGAAUUCAUGGACUAGUGGACUCAACGAUUUACAAACACUGUGCAUUGUUGGUGUACUAGGCUGGCAGGUAGCCUAGUGGUUAGAGCAUUGUGCCAGUAACCAGACGGUCACUAGUUUGAAUUCCAGAGCCAACAAGGUGAAAAAUCUUGUCUGUGCCCUUGAGCAAGGCACUUAAACCUAAUUGCGCCAGGGCCGCCGUUGAUAAUGGCAGACCCUGGCCGUGACCACUCUCUGAGGGUGUCUCGGGAGUUGGGAUAUGCAAAAAUACACAUUUCCACACAUGUAUUAAUACACAUUGUACAUGUGUGAAAUAGGACAUAAAUAAGCACCCACCAAAUUAUUAUUAAUUAUUUUCCCCCAACAGCUUAGAAAUAACAUUGUACAAAAAGUGUGUUUUCUUCAGCUGUGUUAUAUUUUGCUUUAUAUAUAUUUCUACAUAUGAUCGUUUAUUUCGCUUGUUUGUAAUAAAACAACGGGCUCAUUUGGUAGAGGGUGAUGCUUAUAACACUAGGGCUGUGGGUUUGAUUCACUCAUACGUAACAUGUAUGCAGCCAUGACUAAAUCGCUGUAGGGUAAAAGUGUCUGCUAAAUGGCCUACACUUUUUUUUGUCUUCUCAAAUAUCACUCUAUUUAAAGAAGUGUCAGGUGUUUUCAUGAAGUUCAAGAUUCUGUUUUGUGCCAUGUCAGUGUGCAAGUGUUUUAAACAUUACACAGUGGAGAGGUUUUACUGAGGGGAGUGUUUUAAACGUUACACAGUGGAGAGAGGUUUUACUGGGGGGAGUGUUUUAAACGUUACACAGUGGAGAGAGGUUUUACUGAGGGGAGUGUUUUUUUUUUUUUUUUUAAACUACCACUGGGGAGUGAUCUAGAUGUUACAGUACAACAUGUUUUAAAUGUAACGAGUGAUCUGUUGGUGAUUGAUCGUUUUUCAUGGUUUCCAAUGACAAAUCUGUUACUCCUCCUCGCUGCACUGCGAUGAUGACGGUAGAGACAGUCGCCAGGUUUCACAUUUCAAAUCGAUUUGUUUGACACAAAGUUGUUUUUAUGGUCCUCUUAACUAGAAUUUGUUACUAAUGGUGCAUUUCCAGUGAGGAUUUACAGCAGUUAUUUACCCAAGGCUCACACUUUUCUUUUUCUAUCUACGUGAUCCAGCAGCUGUCUCACUGGGCCAUGGCUCCGGCAGACCUGCUCUAACUUGGACGCAAGGCCCUGGGAACUUUUCCGCUGGCAUUUACAUAGCAAUGGCUAACUGAAAUGUAACGCCUUCCCACGAAACAACUGUCUUGAAUGAUGCAGAUGUUUUUGAUUCUGCACGUCCCAAGUCACUCUUGAUGUAAACACAAUUACACUAGAGCUUCCAUUUAACCAACACUGGCAACCCAUUGGUGUGGGGGUUAAGUCUUAAUGGAAAAGCACCAUAACUACUACUAAUAAAUUCUGCUCGUUUCAGCCUAGCCCAAAAAAUACAUAUCUGAAGAGGUGAAAUGGGAAUCAAAUGCUCCUCAAGCUGAACACCACAAACCUGUAUUUUGCUAACCCCUGUGAUACCCGUAGUUAAGAAGUAAAAUAUAGCCUAAUAAAUUGAGCAAUUGUCAAUUGCUCUAAAACAAUCUUUCCAUCGUAACAGCACAGUAACGACUCUUGUAAGUCUUUUGCUUGGUAACUGGUAACUAGGAGGGCUGCUGUCCGAGUGGUUACCUUAGCUUUAUAGUGGAGAAACAGGUCCUGUUUAUACUAUAGAUGAAUGAGGAAUAGGGAUAUGUGUUAAGGGAAUGUCUCAACACCUACUGUAGUUUUCUGACCAAUUUAUGAUGCGCAAAACCAAACUAAGAAUACAUUUAUUUUAUCGAUGGAUGGUGUAUGAUAUGUAAAGUCUGACUGCAGUUUAGAAGGCUUGGGCUAUUUAAAAAAAAAAAAAAAAAAAAAAAAAAAAAAAAAAAAAAAAGUAAUUGGCUGAGAUUUGUGAUGUUUUAGCCUUCUGUCAAAAGGUGGUACAGUAAUCAUCAAAUUUAGGAUUGUGAAGUAAUUCAACUUGAGGUUUAUAUUUUGUAAUUAAUAGACAAAUGACGUCUUACAGUACAUUAUUGAUACCUUUUAUUUAUGGCAAUACAGUUUCUUAUCAAUUGCGUACAGAUCUUAACAUUUUUGUAUUCGGUGCUUUUACUUUACAGUUUGAUCAAAUGUUGCUUGCAGCUUUUUGCCUGUCAAAAACGCCAGUGUGAGAAUGUAUUUCAGCAUUCAUCAUUUAUUUGUGUGCUACUCUAAAUGCUGCCCACUUCUUAUAUCAUGCCCAAUUAUUGGCAAAAGCUGAUCUGAUUUGGUUGAAAGACCAAUUAGUAAAAACGUAUCAGAAUUGUGCUACCUGUGUAUAUGCAGCCUUAAUUGCAUGCAACUUUUUUUUUUUUCUUUCAAGUAUAACAUAUUCUAAUAGAAUGUUAUCUUGCAUUAAUGUUGGUUUCUGACACUGCAAAAUGUCUGAAAUGUAUUUAUUUGAAAUUAAGUGUUAAAAGAAAAUGCAUUCUAGAGGUUAAUUUAUUUCUUGUGCACCUAAACUUCCUGGGGAGCAGGGUUUGUGGUCAAUCAAUUCAGAAAAUAAAUUGAAUUUACAGAAUCAAUUAUCCUCAAUUCUUCUGUCACAAAUAUGGAAUUAGAAUUUGUUUACUUCCUGAAAUGGUAUUGAUAAAUUGCUCCCGUUUGUAGGAGUGAAAACAUUUGUGUUUCGUCUGGCAAUAAACCUGUAUACUACUACGCCUCUUCAUAGUCAAGUGGCUGCAAGAGCUUUAGUGUCACCUGCUGGACUCUUGGCUUAUACUUGGCUCCAAGGAGUAAAUCAACUCGGCCCUCGGGCUUUCCUCAUCUUUGUUAUUGGAAGACCAAAAACACCAUUUAAGUAAAAUACAUACGCCAGUCGGUCCCGAUACAUAAAAUUAAUCUGUGACAUGUUUUUGUUCACAGGAGAGAAUAUUUAUGAGAGUAUUUUUUUUCUUCUUUUUGCUUAUCCUCAUGUGGGGGUGUUACAUUUGUUUAAUCCUGCAACAAAGAUGUUUUGAAUGUUUAAAGAUACUACCAAUUUGGCACUAACCAAAUGUAAACUGUCAAUGAUUUUAGACAAUUGUCAAGAGUUGGCCUAUGAUUAUUUUCAUGGGCAUUUUAUAGCUCAACUUCCUAGUGUGUCAGCUAAAAGCGUCAUCGACUCGAUGACCGUGAUAACUCGACAGGCUCUGCAACACAACCUUGUUGGUUGAUCUGGUGUUUUUUUUGUUUAUUUCACACAAUUAAAUUAGAGAAAUAUUUAAAAUAUUCAUAAUUAUUAAUUAAGCACUUCAUGGUGAGUUUGGGUGGUAUAUAAAAAUGAUCUCAAAAUAUUCUGAGUUUCACCAAAGCUAUUAAAGUGUAAUCUGUUCGUAGCUUAAGAUAACUAUGUUCAACUGAGCUCGCCAAAGUGUCUUGUCUUAUGACAUCCUGGUGAGCCUUCUGUGUGUGAUGUUUUAUGAAUGCCUUGGGAAUUGAUAAAUAAAUGUCAUUUGUUUCUUUCUUAAA